UCGUGGGCAACAGCUAAGUUCUGAGGCACAUAAACUUUCAACAUCCUGCCCCAGGGAUGACCUAGACUUGCCGUUUCAUCAUUUUCUCGAUUUUGGUCCUCCCAUCACGUGAAUAGGAGACGAGGCAAGAACCAAGAAUUCCCACAACAAUGAUGGCGGACGCACACGCCUUGCCCACAGUUGGCCCCUUCUCCACCGUUCGGUCUCCCCGGUAACACGGCCGGCGCCUGCUCGCCCACUGAAGCACUGAGUGUCCGGAAAUGUUGGGCGAAAGUCGCAGCAGUUGAAGCUGGAGUCAGCUGAUUUACUGCGGCAGUGGCGGCGGCAGUGGCAGCUUCCUACCACGGUGGACAGAGGGCGGCCAGGCAAGGUUUGCGAUCCCCAAGGGUUCCCCACCCGGAUUUGCGCAGCCACACUCCCUCCUUAGAUACGCCCUCACCUCGUCUUCCUCUGCUGGGACGCCCACGGCUGAUCUGAUAGACCACGUCGCGGCAAGAGAUGAAGCUGUGACAGGUUUGAAAAUACAAUGGCAGGAAACAGCCUUGUUCUACCCAUUGUUCUGUGGGGCCGCAAAGCACCAACACAUUGCAUCUCAACAGUACUUUUAACAGAUGAUGGGGCCACAAUCAUAACAGGAUGCCACGAUGGACAGAUAUGUCUCUGGGAUCUCUCAGUAGAAUUGGAAAUUAAUCCUCGUGCACUGCUGUUUGGCCACACAGCUUCAAUCACUUGUCUGUCUAAAGCUUGUGCUUCUAGUGACAAACAGUAUAUUGUGAGUGCAUCUGAAAGUGGAGAGAUGUGUCUCUGGGACGUGAAUGAUGGCAGAUGUAUUGAAUUUACAAAGUUAGCCUGUACACAUACUGGCAUACAGUUCUACCAGUUCUCUGUUGGAAAUCAGCGGGAAGGAAGGCUUUUAUGCCAUGGACAUUACCCUGAAAUCCUUGUUGUAGAUGCGACCAGCCUUGAGGUAUUAUACUCCUUAGUAUCGAAGAUAUCACCAGACUGGAUUAGCUCCAUGAGUAUUAUUCGAUCCCACCGCACACAAGAGGACACAGUGGUAGCACUUUCAGCCACAGGCAUUUUGAAGGUGUGGAUCGUUACCUCGGAAAUAAGUGGCAUGCAGGAUACUGAGCCAAUAUUUGAGGAGGAAUCUAAACCAAUUUAUUGCCAGAACUGUCAAAGCAUCUCUUUUUGUGCAUUCACGCAAAGGUCACUUUUGGUUGUUUGCUCCAAGUAUUGGAGGGUGUUCGAUGCUGGAGACUAUUCCCUGUUGUGCUCUGGUCCUAGUGAAAAUGGACAGACUUGGACUGGAGGUGACUUUGUAUCAGCAGAUAAAGUAAUCAUCUGGACUGAAAAUGGACAAAGUUACAUUUACAAACUGCCUGCCAGUUGCCUUCCAGCUAGCGAUUCUUUCCGUAGUGAUGUGGGGAAAGCAGUUGAAAAUUUAAUACCUCCAGUACAAUAUAGCCUCUUGGAUCGGAAAGAUAAAGAGUUGCUAAUUUGUCCUCCCAUGACUCGGUUCUUCUAUGGAUGCAAGGAAUAUUUCCAUAAACUAUUAAUUCAGGGUGAUUCUUCUGGAAGAUUAAAUAUUUGGAACAUAUCAGAUAUAGCUGAUAAACAGGAAGGUGAAGAAGGGCUGAAAAUGACAACUUCCAUUAGUUUGCAAGAGGCAUUUGAUAAACUGAAUCCUUGUCCUGCUGGAAUUAUAGAUCAGCUGAGUGUGAUUCCCAAUAGUAAUGAUCCUCUAAAAGUAACUGCAAGUGUGUACAUACCAGCACAUGGACGACUCGUUUGUGGCCGUGAAGAUGGAAGCAUAAUUAUUGUACCUGCCACACAGACAGCCAUAGUUCAGCUGUUGCAAGGGGAACACAUGCUCAGAAGAGGUUGGCCACCUCACAGAACACUUCGUGGUCAUCGGAACAAAGUCACAUGUUUGCUAUAUCCUCAUCAGGUCUCAGCUCGCUAUGACCAGAGAUAUCUGAUAUCUGGAGGUGUGGACUUUUCGGUCAUAAUUUGGGACAUAUUUUCUGGAGAAAUGAAACAUAUCUUCUGUGUUCAUGGUGGUGAGAUUACUCAACUUCUAGUUCCACCUGAAAACUGUAGUGCGAGAGUGCAGCACUGCAUCUGCUCUGUAGCCAGUGACCAUUCAGUGGGACUUCUAAGUUUGCGAGAGAAAAAAUGCAUCAUGCUGGCAUCUCGUCACCUUUUCCCUAUUCAAAUAAUCAAGUGGAGGCCAUCUGAUGACUACCUGGUAGUGGGAUGUUCAGAUGGCUCUGUGUAUGUUUGGCAAAUGGAUACUGGUGCAUUGGAUCGCUGUGUGAUGGGAAUAACAGCGGUGGAGAUAUUGAAUGCUUGUGAUGAAGCAGUUCCUGCUGCAGUUGAUUCACUGAGUCACCCAGCAGUCAAUCUCAAACAAGCUAUGACAAGACGUAGUCUUGCUGCCCUAAAGAAUAUGGCCCAUCAUAAGCUACAAACCCUUGCAACUAACCUCUUGGCUUCUGAGGCAUCCGACAAGGGGAAUUUACCUAAAUAUUCUCAUAACUCCCUGAUGGUUCAAGCAAUAAAGACGAACCUAACAGACCCGGACAUACAUGUGCUUUUCUUUGAUGUGGAAGCGUUGAUUAUUCAACUCCUGACUGAAGAAGCCUCUAGGCCGAAUACUGCGCUUAUUUCCCCAGAGAAUUUACAAAAAGCAUCUGGCGGUUCAGACAAAGGGGGCUCUUUUCUAACUGGAAAACGAGCAGCAGUUCUCUUCCAACAAGUGAAAGAAACUAUCAAAGAGAACAUAAAAGAACACCUCCUCGAUGAUGAAGAGGAGGAUGAGGAGUUAAUGAGGCAGAGAAGAGAAGAAAGUGAUCCUGAAUAUCGGGCCAGCAAAUCUAAACCACUGACUCUGUUAGAAUACAAUUUAACUAUGGACACUGCAAAAUUAUUCAUGUCCUGUCUUCAUGCCUGGGGUCUGAAUGAAGUUCUGGAUGAAGUUUGUCUCGAUCGCCUCGGAAUGCUGAAACCACAUUGCACAGUGUCGUUUGGCCUCUUAUCGAGGGGUGGUCACAUGUCACUGAUGCUUCCUGGUUAUAAUCAGGCUGCCUGUAAACUACCACAUGGGAAAACAGAAGUAGGAAAGAAGAUGCUGGCAGCUGAGGGAGUAGGAAAGGGAACUUAUGGAGUGUCUCGAGCGGUUACCACCCAGCAUCUCCUGUCUAUUAUAUCACUGGCAAAUACCUUAAUGAGUAUGACUAAUGCCACUUUUAUUGGUGAUCAUAUGAAGAAGGGCCCUACCAGGCCACCUAGACCAAGUACCCCAGACCUUUCUAAAGCAAGGGGUUCCCCUCCAACUUCCAGUAAUAUUGUGCAAGGACAGAUUAAACAAGUUGCUGCACCUGUUUCUGCUCGAUCUGACGCUGAUCACUCUGGCUCUGACUCUGCUUCUACUCCUGCUUUACAUACCUGUUUCUUAGUAAAUGAAGGAUGGAGUCAGUUAGCUGCCAUGCACUGUGUUAUGCUGCCAGACCUGCUGGGGCUGGAUAAAUUUAGGCCUCCUCUUCUAGAGAUGCUCGCUCGGAGAUGGCAAGAUCGAUGCUUGGAGGUGAGAGAAGCUGCACAAGCCUUGCUUCUGGCAGAGUUGAGAAGAAUUGAGCAAGCGGGACGAAAGGAAGCCAUUGAUGCCUGGGCUCCUUAUUUACCUCAGUAUAUGGAUCAUGUCAUAUCACCCGGAGUAACAGCAGAAGCCAUGCAAACUAUCACCUCUGCUCCUGAUGCCUCAGGACCAGAGGCCAAAGUCCAAGAAGAAGAGCAUGACCUAGUGGAUGAUGACAUCACCACUGGUUGUUUAUCAAGUGUCCCACAAAUGAAAAAAAUUUCCACAUCUUACGAAGAAAGACGGAAGCAAGCUACUGCUAUUGUUUUACUUGGAGUAAUUGGAGCUGAAUUUGGUGCAGAAAUUGAACCUCCUAAACUGCUGACCAGACCUCGAAGCUCUAGUCAAAUUCCUGAAGGAUUUGGUUUGACCAGUGGAGGAUCCAACUACUCAUUGGCCAGACAUACCUGCAAGGCAUUGACAUUUCUUCUGCUACAGCCACCAAGCCCCAAACUUCCUCCACACAGCACUAUCCGGAGAACAGCCAUCGACCUGAUUGGGCGAGGAUUCACAGUUUGGGAGCCUUACAUGGACGUGUCCGCUGUUCUGAUGGGGCUUCUUGAACUUUGUGCUGAUGCUGAGAAACAGCUUGCCAACAUCACAAUGGGGCUGCCUCUGAGUCCUGCAGCUGACUCCGCCCGAUCUGCAAGGCAUGCCCUUUCCCUCAUUGCCACUGCUAGACCACCCGCCUUCAUCACCACGAUAGCCAAGGAGGUACACAGACACACGGCUCUUGCAGCAAACACCCAAUCACAGCAGAAUAUGCACACUACAACUCUUGCCCGAGCCAAAGGAGAAAUUCUGAGAGUCAUUGAAAUUCUUAUUGAAAAGAUGCCUACUGAUGUUGUGGAUCUUCUUGUAGAGGUUAUGGACAUCAUUAUGUACUGCCUUGAAGGAUCUUUAGUUAAAAAGAAAGGUCUUCAAGAAUGCUUUCCAGCUAUCUGCAGGUUCUACAUGGUCAGCUAUUAUGAGCGGAGUCACAGAAUAGCAGUUGGAGCACGCCAUGGUUCAGUGGCCCUGUAUGACAUCCGGACUGGAAAAUGUCAGACAAUUCAUGGACACAAGGGACCAAUCACUGCAGUGGCCUUUGCUCCUGAUGGACGAUAUCUUGCCACCUACUCAAACACUGACAGUCACAUUUCUUUCUGGCAGAUGAACACGUCACUGCUAGGAAGCAUCGGUAUGCUGAACUCGGCACCUCAGCUACGUUGCAUUAAAACCUACCAGGUGCCCCCUGUGCAGCCAGCUUCCCCUGGCUCCCACAAUGCUCUCAAGCUGGCCCGGCUCAUCUGGACCUCCAACCGCAACAUCAUUCUCAUGGCGCAUGACGGGAAGGAACACCGCUUUGUGGUCUGAUACUGCUGUCUGUUGCCCUGUGUCUUAGUUCUGUAAAUCCUAUAGGCCAACGUUGCUGUCUUGCACUGGAUUAUUCCUUGGUGCCUGCCCACCCCAGUGACAUGAGAGGUGCAGCCAGGUCUGUGUCACUUGCGCAUGCUUCUUGGGGGCAGACUCCCACACAGGCCACCUGCCACUUCAGAGGCAUGUGCUCAGGGCACAACAGGAUGUGGCCAUUCUGUCACUAGGUAGUUUUUCCCUGCCAGGGAUGGGAGGGGAAAGCUGAUGGUUCCUGGGAACGCUCUUGUUGCUGGGUGCAACAGAAGCCUGAAAAUCAAUAACCACUGUGAUUGCACUCCCACCCAUCAGGGUUUCCAGCCCUCACAGCCUGGCUCCGAGGGGCUGCUCUAGUCUGACUGUGCUAGCACUAGGUGUUGCGUUGAUGGGGCCGUCUUCAUUAGUGAAAUAACUUCCCUUUGGGUGUCUUAAACACACUUUUGUUUAUACCAAAAAGAUUCUGUGUUUACAAGUUUUUUUUCCCCCUUCUGGCAAUUGCUAGGAAAUUACUAUAUUCAAUUUCCUAGGAUUAAGCCACCACUUUCUUUAGUGACAUCUAAGUUAUUUGAGAUUAUUGGGGGUGGGGGUAGAAAUAUAUAUAUUUCCUUGUAGAAAAUCUAAAUUUCUAGGCAUUUAGACUUCUCAGUUAUUCAUUUCCUGCUUAAACAAUAGUGUAUUUAGUAAUUUAAAAUAGAAAUCAUCCCUACUUAUGAUCUAGCUUAUAUAAUUAUUCAGUUACCAUAGCUAAACUUUUAAGGGACUUUUCUGAUGAAGAACCAAGUUUGGAAGCAUAGCAUAUCCCCAAAGUGAAGAUUCCUAUGUAUUGUUGCAAUCCCUUUUGUUCAGGAAAAGGCGUGCUCCUCCCCUUGGGUCACCGUACAACUUGUAGUUCCCCGUGUCAUUUAUCAUGUGGUAACUAUAAGUCAGCCUUCCGACUGCUGGUGAGUUUAAAGGAAAAUUAAGAAGACAGUUUUUAAAACAAGAAAAUUCAUUGCAGUGGCACGAAUGGUCAAGAGCAUAUAUUCAAAUGUGAGGCCCUCGGUCACUCUGUUUGAGCAAAUGUUGCCAUGGAAAUGUCUGUCCAUCCUGCUUCAAAGAAAACUUCAACUAGAUCACCUUCUACCUAGGUCAAGUUAAGACCGCUCUUGCUUAUAGUAAUGGAAAAACUCCAUUAAAAACAUUUUGUGUGACUUGCACAGACUUUAAUCUAUAUUUAUUUGGGCUUUUUUGUUUGUUGGUUAGUCAAUUAGUUGGGUAAAAUGAUCUGUUAAAUGCAAGAAAAGAAAAUGAUUUAUUAAACUCGAGAAAAUAUGUAAAGUUCACAGAGGAAUCAAAAUAAUAAUGGGAGCAUUUAAUCUAAAAGACAUAGAUUGUCAGAGUUUAUGUACUGUACAGAAAGGUAGGCUCAAGGUCCAGGAACAAUAUAUCUGUUAUUUUACUGAAACGGGUUGUUUAAGAACAUAUUAAGAAAUUUAGACCCCUAGAACAUCUCUUUCAUAUUGAUAUAAAAUAUGUUAUUUCUUUUGGUGGCUAACCUAUACUCUUCCUUGAUUUUAUAUGUUGAGUGUUCUCUCAAAAGUAAAUUUAUGCCACAUGCAUGUAUGUCGCAUUUAUAAUGACUAUAUAGGUAGAUUCUAGGAAAGAAACCAAGAAAUAUACAGUGUAGUCUUUGUUUGGUGAAUAUGCUGUGUGUUUGGUGUAGAUAGAAAAAUGUGAGGUGCAGUUUGUUGUCCCAGUAGGCUCCUGAGCCUGCUCUGUACCCAGUACAUGCUUACUGUAUGGACUGAAAUGGAAAUUAAGUUAUUAUAGGUCACAAAACUAUUUGAAAUAAUGAGGUAAAUGUAUACCUUAAAAUUUUUUUUAACACAAUGUUCUACUUAUCAGGGAAAAGGCAUGGGCCGGCUAGGUGGGCUGCUGCAAAUGCAUAGGUGGUCCCACGGUGGAGACUGAGGCAAAGCUGUGAGGGCCUGAGGAACAAAGCCCUUUCACAUCCUGUGUGCAGAGGGCCCCACUGAUGAGCCAG